UUUUCCACUUUGCCUUGGUGCGAUUUAACGCUAUUUUUCUUGACAAGACUCGAAAAGCGUGCCAUUGCUACAGUCGCUUUCUCUCGCUUCUUCUCCAACGAUUCUUUAUUAUUGCGUCCUGUGUGUUGUCUCCAUUUAUAAACGCGUUAUUUAAUACCACACCGCUGUACUCUCAAAUACCCAGAAUGAUCGAGUUGACAGAAAAUGAAGUGGCCUUCGGCAAGCGACUAGCUCAUGUCGACAAAGAAGUCCGCGAUCUCGCUAUCGAAAAGUUUGGUAUUAUCCUGUCGCGCGAGGAGGAAUUUACGCACAUGGAGAUGGUGCGGCAUUGGAAAGCGCUGUUCUACUGCUUCUGGCUGUCUGACAUGCCUCUGGUGCAACAGGAGCUGUCGUGGGAUCUAGCAAACAUGGUUCUCAAGUGCCAGGGCGCAAACCGGGUGCAGUUUGUCCGGGCCUUUUGGGAAACAAUUAGCCGGGAGUGGUUUGAUAUUGACAAACACCGCAUAGACAAAUAUCUUUUGCUGAUACGUCGCAUGGUCUUUUUCACUUUCCGGUCGAUGCACCAAAGCGACUGGAAUGAGCAGCUGGUCCGCGAGUACAUUGAUGUGUACUACCAGUUCCCAAUCAACCCGACCGAUCCGAAGGUUCCCAACAGCACCCGCUCGCACAUUGCUGAUGUAUACGUCGACGAGCUUGUCCGGUUGUCGACAGAGAUUCUGAAGAGCUCAGAUGAGGACGAGGCCGAGGCCGAAGUGGCUAAAAUACCCGUUACAACCCUGUUGGAGCCAUUCAUGCGGUUCAUCGGGACCACGACGAUCAAGCACCUUCCACCACAGAUCCAGGAGUCUGUGUUCGAAAACAUGGUUAUUCGCAUUGCUGAUGCCGAAGAGCGGGCCAACAACGGUGACAACGCGUCGGACUCAGAGAGUGAGGGUAUUGUUCGCGACAACCAGAUCGAGCAUGAGACCCUCGAUAAGGUGCAGUUUUUGAUUGACAGCAUGUCGGCGAUCAAGGAGCGCAUAUUUGCCGUGGCCAGCGAGGAGAGCAUGCGGGCGAUGGGACGCAGACGUCUAUACGCGCUCUACCAGAUUCUGUGCGACACGUUCCCCAACGAAGACACUGACGUGCCUCUGCAGACGCGCAUCACCGUAAACGAGCCGAUUGGAGCCCAGGAGCGCAAGAUCGCCAAUAAGCACAAGCGCAAGAGGGAGGCCAAGAAGGUCGAGCGCAAGCAGAAGAAGAAGGACCUCGCAACUAGCAUUCUCAAAACGGAGGCUAUGGACUUUGACAUUAACGCUUUGGAGAACCUCGCAACUGUUGACGAGGAGCGCAAAUUCCAGGAUGACAUUGUCAAAAUCCGCGAGAUGGAUAAGCGCGCUGGACUUGACGCGCUGGAGGAAGCCUGUAAGAGCAAGAAGAGCAAGAAGAACGCGCGUGCCGAGAAGAAAAAGCAGACCCAGCAGAUAAUCAGUGAGGCUGCCGUUUCGAGUGCUGCCGUCGAUGACCAGCAGGAGGCGCCUGAGCUGAUUGCGAUCGAGCCCGUUGACAAGCGCUCACCAAAGAAAGCCAAGGCUGCAGCCAAGCGUGCCGGCGCCGAUAGCGUUAAUGUGACCGAUAAUGAUGGUUGGGAAAUCCAGGAUAGGAGCACCAAGGUUGCGCCAGAGGCACCCAGCAGUGGUGUCAAGCGCAGGCGCAACAGUGACCAGACCAUGCUAGCCGAAGCCCUGAAAAACAUUGUUGUCCAUGACAGGGUUGCCGCUGUGCCCGCGCUGGCCCCCGUGGCUGCGUCGGCAAAGCCUACCAAGGGCAAGGCAGGCGCUGCCUCAAACACUCCCGUCGCGAAGGACGAACCCGUUGCCAAUGGCAAGGCCAUCCGCUCGGAUAAGAAGAAGCUAACGUGGGCCCUUGAGCGCAACACGGUCAAGCGGUUUUUGAAGAAGGUGCCCAUGCUCCCAUCCACAGACUCGACGCCCAUCACACCGGAGAAUGUGAAGCCUGCGCUGCGCAAACAGUCUGCCUACUCCGACGAGCCUGACGCAUCGGCAUCGCCACUGAAGCCCGUGCAGCAGAAGCAGCCCAAGAAGGAAAUCCAGAUUGUUAUUAAUGGUCAAACGAGCACGCCACAACGUGGAAACAAGAGACAGAAGAGGCGCGCGUAAAGGAUGGCGAGUAUAACCCAAUGUUUAAAGUAGAGUUUCGAUAUUUCAUUUCCAAUAUUUUUCUUCCCAUCUAGUACAGUACACUAUUGAAAAUGGAUUUUGGAAUUUAUAGCGAAAUUCUGGAUUUUUAAGCUGG